AUGACGGAAGAAAUCAAGUUGAAUUCAUCAAAGUUAGGAACUCAGGAGUACUGGAACGAAUUCUACAAGAGGGAGUUGCAAAAUUUUCAAAGCAACAACGAAGACACUGGUGAAUGUUGGUUCGAUGACUCCGAUGCUGAAUCCAAGAUGAUUCAAUUCAUAGUCGACAAGAUAGACGAAGGAGAACUUGCGGAUUAUACUCUGUUUCUUGAUUUAGGGACGGGUAAUGGCCAUCUUCUUUUUGAGCUACUGCAGGAGUUGCAAGACGUGGACAAAGACUUCACGUACCAUGAAAUUGACUAUUCAGCAGAGUCGAUUGAAUUCGCCACUAAUAUUGCUAGCAAAAAGUUUCCAAAUAGCUCAUUCAAAUUCGACCAAGUUGAUUUACUAAGCGACACACCAUUUCUAGAGAAUAAAUUUGAUGUGCUAUUGGAUAAGGGUACACUUGAUGCAAUUGCUUUGAAUCAAGAGCUUUCGGAUGGAAAAAGAGGCAUGGAUAUUUAUGCGAGUCAAGUCUCGAAAAUGAUGCGGGAAGGAAGUAUUCUUCUAGUAACCUCGUGCAAUUUUACCGAAAACGAACUUGUUAAAAUCAUUACAUCUGGCACCGAAUUACGUAAAUGGGACCAGAUUCAAUAUCCAAGCUUCCAGUUUGGCGGUGUACAAGGCUCAACUGUUGUAAGUGUUGCAUUUAUUAAAUAG